AUGGGAAACUGCAUGUUUGGAGGCCUUGGAGGAGAAGGUGGCGGAGCAAUCAAAGUGAUAGCAUCUAAUGGUGGCAUCUUGGAGUUUUCAGGGCCGAUAACAGCAGGAUGCAUCACCAAUGAGUUUCCAGGCCAUGCAAUUUAUCCGAGCCAUGAUCUUUUCUGGAGACCUCUAUCUAUUCAUGAAGAUCUCCUGGCAGGACACUCCUACUAUUUACUUCCACUCAACAACACAAAAAUUGGUGGCCAAGUCGUGCGAGAAGGCCAUGUUAGAUCAAAGAGCAUCCCCUCAUCUUUUGUCACUCCUUACAGAAUGUCUUUUGAUUAUCAAGGAAUGUUAAAGAGAUCUUCCACUGAAUCUUUCUCCAGGUGUAACAAUAAUGGGUUUUGGAAAGUGAAGCUUGUGAUUAGUCCUGAACAGCUCCUGGAGAUUCUUUCACAAGAGACUCAAACUGAAGAAUUGAUUGAAAAUAUGAGAGCAGUAGCAAAAUGUGGAAAUGGGAUCUUAUCAUCUGCUGGAUUUUCAGAUCAGUGGAGUCUCUCUAGCAGUAGGAAUGCUUCAUCUAAGCAAGAUGGACUAUCAGACAUUUAG